AUGGACACACGAAGGUCGCCCUCUUCUCCUCCAACAGUGCCGCAAGUCAACCCUGAGAUUGUCACGUCGCAACGCAAUGCUCGUCUACAGAGGCUGUACAAGGACGCACUGCGGGCUACACUUGCCACGAACUCGUACGCUAACUUCUCAUCGUGCUUUCCUACACCAGCUAGAUAUUGUCCCAAGGCGCUCGAAGGCGUAUGGGACCAGCUGAAUCGCCGACUCAGUGAAGAGUGUCUCAAGGACUUUGAGAAGAUCUGUCAGGAAAGAGAUAUAGAGAACGGUCUAGCUACGUGGGAACGACUGGUUGAAGAUGCGCGGGCAAGAAAGGUGCAGGCAGAGGAGGCUCAUGAUGGCACAACACUUGAGCAGGCGAGGCCGAUACAUCUACUGAGUGCUCAAGAACUACACUCCGCACACCUGAACCCAACAUUGAUCAGGGUUGAGAAAGAGCUACAGGCGAAGCUGAGAGCGACACAAUUGUCGAAUACAGAAAUGACGACAAAAAUUGAAGAGCAGAGAGCCGAAAUACAAAGAUUGGCACAGCAGUUAGAAAGCAUAAUCGAGGACGUCGAAGGGGCAGCAAAGGCAUUCGAGGACGAUUCUAUAAGAGAAGAACUUCGCAACAAUCACGGAGCCUUUGGCACUAUUGAUAAUGACAUGAACGUGGAAGGCUAA